GAUCGUGAGAUUGUGCGGACGGAAGUGCCCUGGCCCCUGCCGAAGAUUAGAGACCGUGUACAGUGUGUGGACAUUAUCCCACCCUUCUCAUCCUCCGCCCGCUAGCAUCCCCGUCGAAGGGAAAGAAACCCAGGGAACGUGCGUCGCGACUGCCCUCCCAUCCGGCGCGAACAUUGAGUGAUCGAAUCGAGGGGGAAAAGCAAAACGAAGCAAAAGAACUAGAGGAUUCCUCUCUUAAUGUGCCCACACCGAUGGGGGCACCGAGGGGAGUGCGUGUUGUUUCGGAUGGACAGGAGGCAACGUGAAUAAGGGAGGCCACCUCCUUUAGAAGAGCUCUGGAACGGGACGCGCGUUGCUGAGAAACGCUCCUCCAACUAGGCAGUUUAGGCCGCGAGGAAGUGCCGUAUUUUUUUUCGGGGGGGCCUUUCGAAUACAUGUGCCAGUGCGUUGUGUUAUUUUUUGUAUGCUUCUACUGUGCCUCUUCGACUGCGCCGCUGAAGACGAUAGACGGAGACGAGCGCCUACGUGUGGUGUUGUUGUUGUUGCUGCUACAAAGUGUGGCUAUUUAUCUUGUUUCCUAUGCGUUUUUGUAUGAAACUAAUCCAAACUAACAGAGGAGAAUUUUUUCUUCUACCAUGAUUUCGUGAAAGGGCAGGAAAACGUAUUGUGCAGUCGAGAAUAAGGCAAAAAGUAAUUGAAAAAAAAGGCAAAGGCAAGUGGAAGAGAUAAAUUACAAUACGAAAGAAUUUAGUGAAAAAUCGUUGGAAUUGUUUAGCAAGCUCGUGGAGAUGCGCCGUGCUUUUGUUUGUGAGUUGGGAUGACAGUAGAGAAAAACCCUUCGUCUGGUGCUUUGACAUUUUGCGUGUCGGGAAAAUAAGAGCAACAACACAAAAAAAGAUUUUCGGCUUGGAUUAGCCUCCCUCCCUCUGGGUUGAGCCGGUAACCAACGCAGCCAUUCGAGAACAGUUCGCGAGUUCGGGUUCGAGUGGUCGGGGCCGCAUUAGGUCAUUCUGGUGAGAUUGGCGCGGUGUUGAACCGCAAGAAGACCAAAAGCAAUAGUGGAAAAAGUAAAGGAGAAAAAUAAAAACACGCAGUGAAAUAUUCCGUGAAUUCAUCCGGGCCUCCGGUGAAGUGAGCUGAAAGUUGUUGUUGUUGCUGUUGUACACACAUAUAUCGUAAUAAUCGUACAUCGUGAAUCGGUUUUUGAUGAAAUCAGUUCAAGAAGUGUUGAAUAGGAUCAAAUUUACCCCCGCGCGAACGGAAUGCGUGUAAGCACCGGCGGCGACGCACCGUGGGGAGGACGUCGGGCGCAGCCGUGAGCGAGGAGGCCCGCGAAGAAGGAAGAGUGACCCACAAGUGAGAGAGCGAGCAUGCCCAACGACGGAGAAGGAAAAAUAAGGUGGUGGAAGAACGGAGAACCAGUAUGAGAGGUGGAAGGAAAAAGUGAUGCGGGAAAUUUUUGGCUUUUAAAGUCUUCUCCCAGUGGGCAAGUGAGAGAAGACGAAACGAUCGCGCGCGCGCGCAAGCGAGAGAAAAAGAGAAGGUCCAGCAGAAGGGUCCACAGAUAAAGUGUGUAAAAGUAACCAAAAGAGACCAGACAACGGAAAAAGUUAGAAGCAAGAAGAACGGUGUGUGCGUAGGGCUGUGUAAUGAUUUUCAUUCCUGUUCAAAUGAGCUUCGAUGGCCGAAGACAGGAAUCGGAAUAAAAUUGAUCAUUGCAAUUAUCGCGAAAAAUCUGUUCGUUCGGAGAAGAAGAAAAAGCAGCUGCAGCUACCGACUACUGAACGGUGACGUUAAGUUGUGAUCGAAUAGAAUUAGUUCGGAGCGCGAAGUGCAAAUGUGGUGUCGUGUUGUGGUCAUGGGAUGUGUUGUUGAUCGCUGUUGUGAUGGAUCGUGAAGUGAGGGCUUUCGAUAGGCUGAAACAAUUAGUUCGAAACAACAGAGCGAAAGUGCUAUUAUGACGCAUCGUCAAAAAGUGAUUGCAGCACGAAACUGAAGUUUAGUGCUCGACAAAGGAAAAAGUGUGAGAGCGAGCGAGAAAAAGGAAAUUAGAAGCAGUAGAAAAUGCAGCAGUGUGCCAGUUUAAAAAUUGCCUUUUGGCUACUAGUCAUCCUAGAACUGUACGCCGCGAUAGAGGGCGUAGGUGCACAUGGGCCCGGGCCAGGACCUGGGCCUGGUGUGGUGAUAGGAGCCCGUCGCAGGUCUUCGAAUGAUGGUGCAAUGCAGUCGCGGGCCGUCGACAUGCGUGUUCAGUUUGAGGUGUUCGAAAACGAGCCUCGCGCCACGGUUGUGGGCUACAUUCCAACCAAACCCGGAUUUACGUAUCGUUUCAACGAGCCCCCGCGUGAGUUCACUCUGGAUCCGAACACGGGCGAAAUCAAAACGAAUGCCGUUCUGGAUCGAGAAAUGACUAAGAACGAUCGCUUCGAUCUGGUGAUCCUCUCCAGUCAACCAACCUAUCCGAUUGAGGUUCGAAUAACGGUGGUGGAUGUGAACGAUAAUGCUCCGGAAUUCCCGGAACCAAGUAUAGCGGUUUCGUUUUCGGAAAGUGCCAUUUCGGGUACCAGGCUGCUACUGGAUGCCGCCACCGAUAGGGACAUUGGCGAAAAUGGAGUCACCGAUGAUUACCGAAUCGUGGACGGAAAUCACGACGAAAAGUUUCGGUUGGCGGUAACGACCAAUCCGAGCGGUGAUGUAUACUACCUCCAUCUCGAAACAACCGGCAAAUUGGACCGGGAAACCCGAGGAUCGUACACUUUGAACAUUUCUGCCAAAGACGGAGGGUCACCUCCAAAGUUCGGCUACCUGCAGGUCAACGUGACGAUACUGGACGUCAACGAUAAUCCGCCUAUAUUCGACCACAGCGAUUACAUCGUUUCGUUGAACGAAAGUGUUCUACCGGGAACGCCCGUUCUGCAGGUGAUGGCCUCGGAUAACGAUUUGGGCGAUAACAGUAAAAUCACGUACUACCUUUCGGAUAGUGAAACCCAGUUCACGGUAGAUCCGGAAAGUGGAGUUAUUUCGACCACCGAGCAGCUUACAUGUCCCCAUCAGAACUGCCAAUCGCUGUCCCGACCGGAUGGCACUUGUCCGAAAAGCUGUGUAUUCACAGUAUUCGCCCGUGAUCACGGAUCACCUCGACAGGAUGGCAGAACUUACGUCACAGUCAAUCUGGUAGACACGAACGAUCACGAUCCGGUUAUACGAUUCCAGUACUUUCCACCAACGGGAAGCUACGCAACAGUGGAUGAAAAUGCAGCCAACAGUUCCGUGGUGGCUGCCGUUUCGGUCGUCGAUAUGGACGAAGGCCUGAACGGUGACACCAGUCUACGAAUCGUGGCCGGCAAUGACCUUCAGCAUUUCCGCUUGGAAAAAUCGCCCAGUUUCUACAUUGUCCGCGUUAAUGGUGUACUCGAUCGGGAAGAGAUCGGUAAAUACAAUCUAACAGUGGUGGCAACCGAUCGAGGAAAUCCUCCCCGAACGGCAACUGCUCAUUUGAUUAUCCAUGUGAAUGACGUCAACGACCAUGAGCCAGUGUUCGAAAAGUCCGAAUAUUCUACCGUCCUGAGUGAGUUGACACCACGCGGAACGUAUGUAGCCAGUAUCACCGCCACCGAUGAGGAUACCGGUGUGAAUGCGCAAAUAUUUUACGAUUUCGUGUCGGGUAACAACAAUCAAUGGUUCAAAAUUGACCCGUCCUCGGGUUUGAUAACUACCCAAGCACAGCUUGAUCGAGAAGUGAACGGCAACAUCGAACUGAGUAUUUCGGCUCGCGAUGGCGGUCCGAAUCCGAAGUGGGCUCACACCCAGCUAAAAGUCACCAUUCUGGACGAGAACGACGAAGCACCUAAAUUCGCACAGCCACGGUUGAACGUUACCCUCAACGAAAACACCAAACCCAAAACCGUCGUCGCACUUCUAACAGCCGUCGAUCACGAUCAGGGCACGAACGGAAGCAUCACCUAUUUGCUGCACCCGAGUGUGGAGAAAAAUUACCCCGGAAUGUUUCAGCUGGAUUCGAUAUCGGGCCAACUUUCUACCAAAAGUAAUCUUGACCGGGAGCGGAUCUCCAGCUAUAUGAUUCAGGUGAUCGCUCGCGAUCAGGGCAGCCCACCGCAGUCCUCAACGGCGACCGUUCAGCUUACGGUCGAAGACGCCAACGAUAACAAUCCGGAGUUUUAUCCCAAACAGUACUUUCUGGCUCUGGCGGAAGAUACCGCACCCGGUAAACCUGUCCUGCGGGUGAAGGCUUCGGAUCCGGACGAGGGUGUGAACGCGAUGGUGAGCUAUGAGUUGAUUAGUGGAGGAGACGGAAUGUUUACGUUGGAUGGAGCUAGUGGUCAGCUCAGUUUACGAGGCAGUUUGAAGAAGUCUUCGAAACCACUGUACAAGAUUGUAAUAGCUGCGAAGGAUAAAGGCGGACGGCGAGCCGAUAAAGAUGCGGUGGUUGAAAUCGUCAAGGAGUCCAUCAUGGAGGAGAUCGAAUUCGAUACUCUCAGUGGUUAUGAGUUUCAGUUGGUGGAAGACAGUGAGCUGGAGAAGGUUAAAAACGAACGGGAAGUUGGACAGGUGAAGACGAAGGCUUUACAUUCGGUGAAGGACGUCGAAUAUGCGAUUGUACAGGGAGAUCCGGCGGAAAAUUUCCGCAUCAAUGAGCGCAGUGGGGUGAUAAGCAGUGCAAAACACAUUGACCGCGAAGCGGCAGCCUUUUAUAGCCUCACUGUGACGGCAAGGAAUGGUUUGGCCUUCGGGCAAACGAUCGUCAAUGUGACGAUCGCGGAUGUGAAUGAUAAUGCGCCGAUUUUUCUACACGAUCACGACGAAAUCGAUCUACCGGAGAAUACCGCGGUUGGGCAGGAAAUUUACCUUUCAAAAGCUAAAGACGCAGACUCCGAGGCCAACAGUCGAAUAACCUACAGUUUGAGCUACAAUCCGGAAAAUCUCUUCCGAAUCUCCGAAACCACCGGGGUGCUGUAUUUGAAUCGGCCGAUUUUCGUCGAUCCUGGCAGUGUACUGAAUCUUGAAAUAACCGCCGCCGAUAGUGGCGACCCCCAGCUUACGACCAAAGGUACGGUCACGGUUACGAUCGAAGACGUGAACGAUCACACCCCGGUAUUCGAUCACACCUCAUACGAAACAUCUCUGCUGGAAUCGAUGCCGGUGAAUUCACGCUUUUUCGCACUGGCCGCAUCCGAUGCCGAUAUCGGCAUCAAUCAGAGGAUCUCCUACGCGAUCAUCGAAGGAAAUGUGGACAAAAAAUUCGGUAUCUUCCCGGACGGGUUUCUGUACGUGAAAAGUGCGCUCGAUCGAGAGGAACGCGAUUAUUAUUCACUGACGAUCAGCUGCACCGACGAAGGCGAUCCCGCCCGGAGCUCCUCCGUUCCGGUCAUAGUUCACGUGAUCGAUGAAAAUGAUAAUCCGCCCCAGUUCACCAAUAGCACGUUUAUUUUUAGUGUGGCCGAAAAUGAGCCAGCCGACACGUUUGUGGGCAAGCUGACGGCGGUAGAUCGUGACAUUGGCCGCAAUGCCGAACUAAUUUAUAUGCUAUCAAGCAAGCAGGAAGAUUUUACCGUUGAUUCGCGAAAUGGAUUCAUCAAAACGAUGCACGAGUUUGACCGCGAGGCGCUAGUGCAGACGACCGGCCAGAACUUCAUCACGCUCGAAGCGAUUGUGUCCGACAAUGGGCUGACCCGGUUGCGCGAUAAGGUGAAAAUUAAAGUGUUUAUAACCGAUGUCAACGAUAAUGCGCCGCAGUUCGUGAGAGCUCCUUAUAAGGUUCAGAUCUCGGAGGGAUCAUCCAUUGGUACCCAGCUGAUCCGGGUGUACACCAACGAUGCCGACGAGGGCCUUAAUGGGGAUGUGUACUAUUUCAUUGCCGAAGGAAACAGCGACGAACGGUUUGUGAUCGAUGAUGCUACCGGCCAGAUAACGCUGGCAAAAGUUCUGGACCGGGAAACGGUGUCAAUGUAUAAAUUAACGAUUGUUGCCCAUGAUGCUUCGACGCAGAAUCGAUUAAGCGCCAGCACGACUGUCACGAUAGAGGUGCUUGACGAGAAUGAUGACGCACCCGAGUUCACCCAGACGCUCAGUCAGAUUUCGAUCAACGAAACUACCCCGAUCGGUACCGAGCUGAUUCGCUUCCGGGCGACCGAUAUGGAUCUCGGUGUUAACAGCCAAGUCACCUUCUCGAUUGGCGCUGGCAACCGGAAAGAUACCUUCCACAUCGAUCCUACCAGUGGCUUUCUGUACCUGCACAAACUGCUGGACUACGAGGAUACUCAAAGUUACGCCUUGAACAUUACCGCUUCGGAUGGCGGAAACCCCCGUCUCUCAACCACGAUCUUGUUCACGGUGAAUGUAAUCGAUUCGAAUGACAAUCCACCCAGUUUUCCCAACACCGCAAUUGUGCGGCAAAUCCGUGAAGGAAUCCCGCUCAAAACUCCUAUAGUAACGGUGACAGCUGAGGAUCCGGAUUCCGGGCUUAAUGGUAAAGUGACCUACGAAAUCGCCAACCAGGAUCCGGACAAUCGAAGUCGCCAUUUUGGCAUUAACCCAACAACCGGAGUAAUUCACACAUUGCAUGCGAUUGAUCGUGAAGCGAUCGAUACUUAUCGCCUAACGGUGAUCGCAACCGAUCAAGCCGCCGUUGCGGCCCAACGAAUGUCGGCGGAAAAACUCGUCACGGUGAUCGUGGAAGACAUUAACGACAAUGCUCCAAUUUUCGUCUCAAUGAACGCCGCCAUCCUACCGAUCAAGGACAUUCGGCUGGGAGUGGACAGCAGUCCCACCAGUCCGGUUAUGUUUAUCAACGCGUUCGAUGCCGAUUCCAGCUCCAACGGUUUAGUGACGUACGAGAUGACCGGCGGCAAUAUGGACCUGUUCAAGCUGCACCGAUCGACGGGUGCGAUCACACUGCGAAAGGCAAUCCCGAAGCCGGAAAUUCGCUACCAGCUGGCGGUCCGAGCGACGGAUGAAGCUGUGCAGAGUGAGCGCAAAAGUAGUGACGCGUACAUCACGAUCCUCACGACCAUCCCGACCCAGAACGGACCGGUGUUUGUGAAGAAAGAUCUGUUCGGUAGUGUUUCGGAGAACGAACCAAUCGGUACCAGCAUUCUGACCGUGUCCGCGUAUCUGAACUCGGUCAGUGAUAUCGAGUACUAUGUGACGAAUGUGACCGGCGACGGACGGCAGGUGAACCGGCUGUUCGACAUCGACACGAAGCUGGGCAUCCUGUCCACGGCGGUCGAGCUGGAUCGCGAGUCCGGCGUCGAGAGCUACGAGGUGGAAGUGUACGCUAUUGCACUCGGAGGGCUGCCGAGAACGACGAGCACCAAGAUCCGAGUGAAUGUGCUGGACAAGAACGAUAGCCCACCGACAUUUCGUAACAUUCCGCUGGUAUUCUCCGUGUCGGAAGACUUAGCCGUAGGACAGACGGUGGCGCAAAUAACCGCCACCGAUCCGGACACACUCGGUGCCCUGGAGUACUCGCUGGUGAGCGGCGACACCGACCGGUUUCUCCUGCAAAAGGACACCGGGCUGCUCAAACUGCGGGACACGCUGGAUCGCGAAACCGAGGAUUCCUACCGGCUAGUGGUUAGCGUCACCGAUGGAGUCCAGAGCACCGAAACUACCGUCACCGUGCAGGUCACCGACACCAACGACAAUCCACCGUCAUUUUCUGAGCCGGCCUAUUCGUUCGACAUACCGGAGAAUGCGGCCCGUGGCUUCCAGGUGGGCAUGAUCUCGGCCAGCGAUCCCGAUCUGGGCAGCAACGCGGCCGUCACCUACAGUGUCAUCUCGGACUGGGCCAACGACGUGUUCUCGCUAAAUCCGCAGACUGGAAUCUUCACGCUAACGGCCCGGUUGGAUUACGAGGAGGUACAGCACUAUAUUCUGGUAGUGCAGGCCCAGGAUAGCGGCCACCCGAGUUUGUCCAGCACGCUGACCGUCUACUGCAACGUGAUCGAUCUGAACGACAAUGCACCGAUCUUCGACCCGAUGAGCUACUCGAACGAGAUCUUCGAAAACGUACCGGUCAACACCGACGUGGUUACGGUCAGUGCCACCGACACCGAUUCCGGAGUUAAUGGACGCAUCGAGUAUAGCAUUACGACCGGCGAUGAGAACGGAGACUUUCAGAUUCUGAGCAACGGAACGAUUCGCACCCGUCUGGCUCUCGAUCGGGAGACUAGGGCGAACUAUAAUCUGAUCGUAACGGCACGGGAUUGUGCCAAGGAGCCGGAGAUGCGGCUAUCGUCCACCGUACAGGUUACAAUCGUCCUGAAGGACGUGAACGACCUUGCGCCGGAGUUCGUGACCCCGAACGAAACCAGCGUGGCAGAGAACAUUCCGGCCAACACCGUCAUUAUGGCCAUCAAGGCGGUCGAUCGGGACGAAGGUCGCAACGGAUAUGUCGAGUAUCAGCUGGACCCGAGCGUGCAGACACCGUUCACGAUCGGAUCGGCGGACGGAUUACUGCGUGUAUCCGGUCGGCUCGAUCGGGAAACCAAGGCCAGCUAUGAACUGACGGUGAUCGCUAAGGAUCGCGGUGAACCGCCAAAGUCCAGCCAUUCCCGAAUACUGAUACACGUGCUGGACGAGAACGACAACAGCCCGAUCUUCGACCCGAAACAGUACAGUGCGGCUAUCGCGGAAAACGCCAGCAUCGGGGCCAGCGUGCUGCAGGUUUCCGCAACCGAUAUCGACGAAGGCGCUAAUGGACGGGUCCGUUUCUCGAUUGCGGCCGGCGACGACAAUCGAGACUUCACCAUCAGCGAGGACAGCGGCAUAGUUCGGGUGGCCAAGAAUUUGAACUACGAGCGAAAGUCGCACUACACGGUAACAGUCCGGGCUGAGGACUCUGCCAGCGACACGGAGAACGGUGAGGUUCGCUUCGACACCGCCAAACUGUCCAUCACCAUCACGGACAUUAACGAUAAUCCGCCGACCUUUCUGGACUCACCCUACCUGGCCUACGUGAUGGAAAACGUGAUUCCGCCGAACGGUGGCUACGUCAUCACGGUGAAGGCCUACGACGCCGAUACGCCACCGUUCAACUCGCAGGUUCGCUACUUCCUCAAGGAGGGCGAUACGGACUUUUUUAAAAUCAACGCAUCCAGCGGUGAAAUCUCACUGCUGCGGGCACUCGAUCGUGAAAUGCAAGCCGAAUACAUUCUGACUCUAGUGGCAAUGGACACCGGAUCGCCUCCCCUCACCGGUACCGGGACCGUCCGGGUGAUCGUGCAGGACCAGAACGAUCACAGUCCGGAGUUCGAACAGCAAUCCUACCAAGCGACGGUAUCGGAAAAUCUCCCGAUCGGCAGCAAAGUCCUGCAACCGAUUGCAACGGAUAAGGAUGCUGGUCAGAACUCGAAAAUUCGCUACACCCUACUGGGUGAACACUCGCAGCGUUUUCACGUGAACCAAGAUAGCGGAGAGAUCACGACGGCCACUAUUCUGGAUCGGGAAGAUAUCGCACAAUAUCUUUUCACAUUGAUGGCCCAGGACAGCUCGACGACUGAACCGCGAGCGACGGUCGUCAAUCUCACCAUUCUAGUAUCGGACAUGAACGACAACAGUCCGACGUUCGAGUCGCGAACUUUCCACGUCAACAUUCCCGAUCGCAUCAAGCGAAAUCAGUUCGUAUUCGGAGCCAAAGCGAUCGACCUAGACGAAGGUAUGAACUCUCGAAUUACCUACUCGAUCAGUGGGGCAGACGCCAAUAAGUUUCACAUCAAUGAGAACACCGGAGUCAUCGAGGCUUCCGUGGAAUUAUCUCUCCCGGGACAAAAUGCCGAUCGGGUGUUCAGUCUAGUCAUCGAAGCUCGUGAUCAAGGCUCCGAUCAGAAGUCCACCAAAACUGAACUGACGAUCGCACUAAAGUCGGCGCACCUCUUCCCAGUGUUCUCGUAUCUAUCGGAAACCCAAUUCGUACUACCAGAGGACAUCGCCGAUGGGAAAAUCGUAACCAAAAUAUCCGCCACCUCUCCGAAGAAAGGCCCUGCCGGAAACAUACGGUACGCAAUCGCUGGUGGGAACAUCGGUGAUGCACUACGAAUCGAUCCCAACACUGGCGAGGUGGCAGUCAAUAAGGGCGGUCUGGACUACGAACGCAACCAGCAGUAUGAGGUUUGGAUCGAAGCUGCCGACUCUGACCGACCGAGUUUACGCAGUGUCAUGCAGCUUAUCAUAAACGUCACCGAUGCGAACGACAAUGCUCCAGUUAUGGAGAAGCAAGUUUACACGGCCGAAGUUAUGGAAGAAGAAUCACCCGGUCUGUUUGUGAACAAAGUUCAGGCCACCGACGUGGAUUCAGAUGAAAACGGACAAAUCACUUACAGUUUACAGAAUGAUUUUGACAGUUUUGAGAUCAAUAGUGAUACAGGAGAAAUCUACACCACCACCAGACUGGAUCGAGAAGACAUUCCUCGCUAUGCUCUGAUCGUCAAAGCUGUCGAUCAGGGAGUACCACAGAUGACAGGAAGUGCCACAGUGCUCGUGAAUGUCCUCGAUAAAAACGAUAACCCUCCCAAGUUCACCCGUCUGUUCAGCGUUAAUGUUACAGAAAACGCGGAAAUCGGUAUUUUCGUAAUACGCAUCACAUCGUCCGAUUCGGAUAUCGGAAUCAACGCAAAUGCGACCUACAUCUUCACCGAAAACAUUGGCAACAAGUUCCUGAUCGAUUCCACCUCCGGGAAUGUUACCGUAGCGGGUCAUUUAGAUCGCGAGCAGCAGGAUGAAUACAUCCUCAAGGUGGCCGCCGUUGAUGGCGCCUGGAGAGCGGAGACUCCACUAACGAUUACCAUUCAGGACCAGAACGACAACGCACCGGAGUUCGAGCACAGCUAUUACAGCUUUAACUUCCCAGAGCUGCAAAAAGCGGUUACCUUCGUAGGCCAAGUGAUCGCCACCGAUCGUGAUAAGCAUGGUCCAAACUCCGUAAUCUCAUACUCACUGCAACAACCAUCGGAUAUGUUUUCGAUCGAUCCGGCUACCGGAGAGAUCUUCAGCAAACGAACUAUCCACUACAAGCACACCCAGCUGGAAUCAUCGCCGGAAAACAUGUUCAGUCUAACCGUUCUGGCGACCGACAAUGGUAAACCUCCGAUGUACUCGGAGUGCUUGAUCAACAUCAAUGUGGUGGACGCCAACAACAAUCCACCGGUUUUCACGCAGCGUGAGUACCUAUCACCAGCUCCGGAAGGAUCGACAGUCGGUCAAAAAAUCAUGCAACUACUCGCUCGGGACGAGUUCGACUACGGUGUUAACGCAGAAAUCGAGUACCUUGUAACCGGCGGAAACGGAACCAGUCACUUCAUAGUGAACCGGAACGACGGAUGGAUUGUGGUUAGCAAUCCAUUGAACGACAUUCCUGGCAAAGUUUACACCCUUAACGUUCGCGCAGUUGACAAGGGAGUUCCACCUCAGCAGGACGAAGUGAUCGUGACGAUCAUCGUCACAGGACUCAAUAAAUAUGCACCCGUGUUCCAGAGUCCUUCCUACCAGGUGAUCGUACCAGAAAAUGAACCAAUCGGAUCGACAAUCCUAACAGUGAGUGCCCCCGACGACGAUGAUGGUCCCAACGGUAUGGUUCGCUAUUCCAUUGCCGGAGGUAAUGAGCGGAAAGAAUUCACCAUCGACAGCGUAGCUGGCGCGAUCAUGAUCCGACAACCCCUGGACUAUGACUCCGUGCAGAUCUACCAGCUGAAUGUCACCGCCGAAGAUUUGGGUUUCAAACCGAAAAAAUCCAUGGCCAUGAUCACGGUCACCCUGACCGACAUCAACGACAACGCACCGAUAUUCAACCAAACCGAGUACGACGCCUUCAUUCCGGAAAACUCUCCCCCGAACACUUUCGUGUACAAAGCGAUCGCGCACGAUCGGGACUCACCGAAGAAUGCCAUCGUACAUUACUCGAUCGUAGGAGGAACCGGACGGGAUUUGUUUUCGAUCGAAACCACCACUGGCGUGAUUAAAUCCCGGGCUACCUUUGACUACGAGGAGCAAAAUCGCUACACUCUGGACGUGAUGGCGAUUAAUCCGGACUCGCCGAUGAAAAACCGAACCAAGGUGAUUGUCCACGUGACCGGAGUGAACGAAUUCUAUCCGAAGUUUGUGCAGCCCGUGUUUCAUUUCGACGUUUCUGAAUCGGCGGAAGUUGGUUCGAGUGUGGGAUCCAUUCAGGCAACCGAUAAGGAUGCCGGAGAAGAUGGGAAGGUUUACUACCUUCUGGUGGGGUCAAGCAACGACAAAGGUUUCAACAUUCAUCCGGAAACGGGAGUGAUGGUGGUUUCGCGAAACCUCGAUCGGGAAACCCAGUCCAGAGUGGUGUUAACCGUUUUGGCCAAGAACUUUGGUGGUAUUCGAGGAAACGACACUGAUGAAGCCCAGGUCAUCAUUUCCAUCCAGGAUGGGAAUGAUCCGCCGGAGUUUCUACUCGAUUUUUACGAGGCUGAUGUAUCGGAAGGUGCUCAGGUGGGAUCAAGAAUCAUCACCGUGAAAGCGAUCGACAAAGAUGUUCGACCGCAGAAUAACCAAUUCAGUUACUCGAUUAUCGGUGGAAAUAAUGAUCACUCUUUCAAGAUUGAUCCACAAUCAGGGCAAAUCGAAACCGCUCGUAUGUUGGAUCGAGAAACAGUACCCACGCAUAAGUUAAUUCUCGGGGCCAUUGACACCGGAUCACCCCCACAAACGGGAACUACGACUGUGAAGAUCUCCGUCACAGACAUCAACGACAACGGACCUGUUUUUGAUCCGAAGGACACCAUCGGAUCGGUGCUGGAAAACGAACCUCCCAACACCGUCAUCAUGACCCUAUCGGCAACCGAUCCAGAUCUACCACCAAAUGGAGCGCCUUUCACCUAUUACCUAGUUGGCGGUCGCCACAAAUCGCUAGUUACUCUUGAAAAGCACUCCGGUGUUCUGAGAACGGCUCGAAGCAUUGAUCGUGAAACCACCCCCAAACUGGAGCUACUAGUGGAAGUGGAAGACAAUGGAAACCCCAAAAUGCGAACACAGCACACCAUCAUCGUUAACGUCAUGGACCAGAACGACAGUCCUUCGACACCGCGAGUCGUUCACGUGCUAGUGUACGGCUUCAACAACCAAUUGAACGGUGAUAUAGCGAAUGUACAUCCAAACGAUGCCGACACCACGGGUGAUUAUCGCUGCAAGAUUAUCGGCGAUCUGAACAAAAAUCCCAUCAGCUCAUUCACCAUCAGUUCCGGUUGCAAACUUCGCUCGACAUCGUCAUCCAUUCCCCACAAUGGGCACACCUUCCUCGUAUCUGGCAACGAUGGCCGACACAAUGAUGUCGUAUCGACGGUCAGCGUAGAAUUCCUGCGCUUCGACAACGUCACCGUUGAGAACUCGAUCACUAUUCGAAUCGAAAAUAUGACCAGCAGCCGGUUCCUUGCAAACUACUACCGUAACUUUGUAGAUAUACUAAAAGCUUCGAUCGACAGUUCCAAUGAUCUGAUAGUCUACAGCUUGCUGGACGUCGAUAAAGCAACGGACAUCUCCGUUGCGGUGGCAAAUGAUGGAAAAGGUUUCCGAUCGCAGCAUUACAUCAAGGAGCGUUUCAGUAAAAAGCUGGACGCAUUCAAUCUACUACUGCAAAAUUCGAAAGUUAUAAUCGGAUUUGUUCCGUGCGAUGCCAAUACCUGCGACAAUGGGGGUGUGUGUUUCGAGAAGAUCAACGUUUACGACGACACGCAGAUUACGGAUAGUCAGUCGUUGAUCUUUACCUCUCCACUGGUACGGCAUGACUUCCGAUGCAAAUGUUCCGAUGGUUACACCGGUCAACGGUGCGAUAAACGGCAGGAUCCUUGUUCGCCAAACCCAUGCCAGGCUGGUGGUCAGUGUCGUAGACAAGGAUAUGACUUCCAGUGUUCCUGUCCUUCAAAUCGAGAGGGGAAAUUCUGCCAGCUAGAGCGUGGAGAUGUGUGCUCAAGUAGUCCUUGCAAAAACGGUGGCUCCUGCCGGGAGAGUUCCGAUGGAUCGUCGUUCUUCUGUCUGUGUCGACCGGGAUACCGAGGCAAUCAGUGUGAAGCUGUUGCCGAUUCCUGCCGGCCGAAUCCUUGCCUGUACGGUGGAUUGUGUGUCAGCUUGAAGCCUGGUUACAAGUGCAGCUGCGUAGAUGGCCGCUACGGACGGCAUUGUGAGAAGACUACGUUCGGAUUCAAGGAGCUUUCGUACAUGGCAUUUCCUGCUCUAGAUGCUGCAACCAACGACAUAUCGGUCAUUUUUGCCACCACCAAACCGGAUGCUCUGCUUAUCUACAACUACGGCAUCCAGAGUGGCGGUCGGUCGGAUUUCGUCGCGAUGGAAGUGGUCAAUGGGCGGGCGGUGUUUUCCUACGGAGGAGCGAGAACUGCAAUAACCUCGCUAGUGGUGGGACCGUCGGCUUCCAACAACGAGACCAUCUCGAACGGAAGGUGGCACAAAAUAACCGCCACCCGGAAUGGGCGCGUGAUGUCGCUCAGUGUGUCCAAGUGUUCCGAGAACGGAGAUUACUGCGUCGAUUGCCGACCGGGAGAUUCCAACUGCUACGCCGAUGAUACCGGACCGACUGGAACGCUCAACUUCAACAAACAUUUCCUGCUGGUGGGUGGCCUAGCAUCGGCCGAUCCAGUGCUGGAACGCCCUGGCCAGGUCCAUUCCGAUGAUCUGGUGGGCUGUGUGCACAGUGUAUCCAUUAAUGGUCGGGCACUGAACCUAAGCAGCCCACUCAAAUCGGCUGGAGUGGAAAGUACCUGCCGAAGGGGUAACAAUGGAGGACCCUGCAGUCUGGGACUACCGGAGGAUCCCGCUCAGCCUCGCUGUGGUGCGUUCGGACAAUGUAUGGAUCGCUGGAAUACUGCCAUGUGCCGCUGUGGAGGUUCUGUCCUAUCCCCCGACUGUUCCAGCUCGCUGGACUACUUCUCCAUCGCAGACGGAGGUUUCAUCGAGUUUGAAAUCUCCGAGAAGCACAAACGCAUGCAGCUACUGGAAAAUAUCUACAGCGGCAAGAACAUCUGGAGCUACGAUGUGACUCGAAAUAAGCGUUACUCGGUUAAAACGGAGAAUAUUUCUAGUCUAACUAUCGCUGAAGAUCCUCCGAAAUACAUGAGCUUACUGUUCAAGACGAAUAAACCCAACGGGUUACUGAUAUACGCAGCCACUAACAAGCAUUACACCUCGAUCGAGCUUAAAAAUGGUAGGAUCUUCUACAACUCGCAUCAGACGUCGUACAUCAACAUCACAGCUUCCACGCCGGAAAAUCUAGCAGAUGGCAGCUGGCAUAACAUAACCUUACACGCUCACAAUCGCAUUCUGCAGGUGAUCGUGGAUGGUAAGAACGUAAUUGAAGAUCUCGAUUCCGCUGGAGUGCACGAUUUUCUCGAUCCAUACCUCACCGUUCUAUCGAUUGGUAAUGUUCGGCGGGAGCUGUUUGUCACGGAAGUAAUACCAACCUACUUCCAAGGCUGUCUUGCGAAUUUUACAAUCAACAAUGAAAUACAACCGUUCAAUGGCUCGGGAAGCAUUUUCAAGCACGUCGUACAUCGAGGUAAUGUACUACCAGGGUGCUUGCUGGCUGGUUUGGGUGCCGCUCAUGUUACCGAUCCUCUCAGCAUCGGAAUAACACUGGUGAUUGUGUUCUUCGUCGUGCUGUUGGUGGCUAUCUUUCUUUCGUUCCUGGUGUUUCGGCUGCGAAAGCAACACAAGGAAAAGAGCGGAGGACUCGGGGGUCCCUCUACAAUCCAUUCCAAGCAGAAUGGAGGCUCCACUCUGCUUAGCACUUCCCAGUUAGUUUCCUCUGGGGUGCAUAACGACAUCGGUAGAAGUCUGCACGUGAAUGACCUCUCCGUCGUGGGUUACCACUCCGACAAUAAUGACAUGCUUCGAGGAGUCGGAGGACAUCACCUGGUAGGCCCGGAGUUAAUUUCUAAAAAGUAUAAAGAGCGAGAUAUCAACGCUGGGGAACCGCAACGACCCCAACGUCCGGAUAUUAUCGAACGCGAGGUCGUCAGCAAGAGCCCCCCAUUGCGGGAGGAUCAUCAUCCACCUUUACCACCUCCCAGUCAAUCACAUCACACGCAUGAUCACACCGCUCCGGUGGAUCUUGGGUCAGAAUACCCGGAGCACUACGAUCUGGAAAAUGCCAGUUCAAUUGCACCGUCGGACAUCGACAUCGUCUAUCACUACAAGGGCUACCGCGAAGCCGGUGGUGUACGUAAAUACAAAGCCACUCCACCGCCAGUGGCAACAUACACCCACCAUAAGCAUCAAACAUCAGCUCAACAACAACAUCGGCACUCACCGCAUCACGCCGGGCCCUACGCACCUCGUGUUCCGCCGCAAGCUAGUCAACCUCCGCCUUCGAAUACACCUCGACCCCAUCAGAGCACUCCGUUGGCACGACUAUCGCCUAGCUCGGAACUUAGCUCCCAGCAGCCACGAAUCCUCACCCUGCACGACAUAUCAGGGAAACCUCUGCAAAGUGCCCUCCUGGCAACGACCUCCAGCUCGGGAGGUGUCGGCAAAGAUGCCCUCCACAGUAACAGCGAACGCAGCCUCAACAGCCCGGUAAUGAGUCAACUCUCCGGGCAGAGCUCCAGCGCAAGCCGAAAAAAUCCGGGAGUUCCACAGCAACCGCAAAACGUCAACUCCGUCGUUUCCGGUCCAAUGGGUCUGACAGCCGAAGAAAUCGAACGACUAAACUCGCGCCCAAGAACAUCGAGUCUAGUUUCGACACUGGACGCAGUGUCCAGCAGUAGUGAAGCUCCCCGCGUUCCUGCGCCCCACCUGACGCACAUGCAUCACUCACCGGCAGUUGACGCUCACAGCUCCACCUCGACCGAUGAGAGUGGCAACGACAGCUUCACCUGUUCUGAAAUCGAAUACGACAAUAACAGCAUCAAUGGCGACAAAUACACAAAAACCCGCGAAGACACUAGUCGACGGGUGGUCAGUGAUAACAACAACAGCAACAAACCACCCCAUCUGCCUCCCUCAUCGUACGACGGAUUCGAUUCCUCCUUUCGGGGAUCGCUAAGUACCCUGGUGGCAUCCGAUGACGAUCUGUCUACCCACAUGGUAGGAAUGUACCGCCAACCGAACGGUGCAUCCCCAUCGGCUACCGGCUGGGACUACCUGCUGAACUGGGGACCGAACUUCGAAAGUCUGAUGGGCGUCUUCAAGGACAUCGCCGAGCUGCCGGACACGGUAAACGGCCGGGUGCCUAGUUCCCUGCGAAUACCGGCCGGCGUGCAGAAACCUUCGGAAGAGUACGUGUAGAAAUGUAUAAUAAACAUGUAAAAUCAAGCGCACAAAUGACAGAAAAACGAAAAAAGUAACACGGGACAAGCGCACCCAGAAGCGUAAAUUCAAAUGACAUGUAAAUAUUAGUUGACUAAUGAAUUUUAAUUAGCUGGAAUUGGACGGGAAAGGCGAGCGAACGGGUGAGCGCUAAAAUGAAAGAAGAGAAAAAGAAAACACACUUUCCACAUUCAUUGUGUGCAAAUAUUGCAAUGCCUUGUAUCAAGGUACGACCUCGAGCAUAUAAAUAAUUCUGUUGUUUUUUUAAAGAAGAACAAAAGCAAAACGAACAUAAGGUGUAACCUAGAAGAUAUCGAAAGCCAAGCUAUGCUAUGGCGCCAAAACGCGGCCAACACUGAAUGUAUGUAUGUAUGUAUGCCUCUAGAUAUGGGCAAAUUAAGCAGGUCCUUCAAAUGUGCAUUUAUUACCAUGACAUCUUCUUCCCUCCUCCGAUUCCACGCCCGUCGUUCUCGACAUUCGGUUCAGCAGUAGACCGAAACCGAAUCUGUGCUAUGUUUUAAAUGUUAAGCAAGCCGUGAGGUUUUUUUUAAAACUGUAAAUAAUAAGUUUUAUUUUGACUAGCAAAACACAACACGAUGAUGAGAAUUAUUGUAAACUAUCUUGCCAUACGCUAUUUUAAAACAAAAAAACGCGACCCUCAGCAAUCCUAGAACACAUGUACCAUGCGGACGGGUGCCAAAUUAAAACGAACGGCAGCCCCUCCAGGGUCUGGCUUUCUGGCUGCCAAUUUGCCAACUAUAUUGUAGAGUGUAGAAAGUUUUUUUUAACGAGCAAUAUAAAACACAUUCGCAAAUCAUGACUUCCAAAUGAGACUGUUUUAAAUUCGUAAUAGAGCUGUAAGAAUCUAGGCGCUAAGUUUUAUCGUACAUAGAAUAUGUGUUUUUAAAUCAAUAAACUAGAGUCCUAGAGCAAAUUGGACGAGAAAAAUUCACUCCUGUACAAAACAGAUCGAUUCGGACUCAUUAUGCGUACCUCUCUUGGCAUUUAAAAACAAUUUGUACAUAGCCUAGCAAUCAACGAACAACCUUAUGAGUAGAAGUAGAAGAAGAAGAAGCAAAAAAGGGUUCUAGUGAAUUGAGUUUCUGUAAAAUUUCAAAUCCAUCGCAGGAAAUAAACGUUAA